AUGUCUUGAGCGUAACUCAGUAACUCACUACAAAAGUUGUAGGGAGGGGAGGAUACGUUGCUUGUACCAUAAAAAAAGGGUUACAGAGCCACUCUAUACCUGUUAACCGAAAAAUGCCUACGUUUGUGGCAGCACUGACUGGUGGCCGCGCCGAACGGUCGCAUUUCGAGAGCAGUGACUCGGAGAAGAAGAGAACCUCCAUGCGUCUGUACUGAGCAAGCAUCGAAGGAAUACGACGGACAGCAAACCGGAAUCGCGGUGUAUCGCUCGAUACUGCGAGCGUUCGUGUUUGCGCAAGUUGCAGCAGUCGUACAGUUUACCCACCCGGUUCCCCAAGUGUGCUUACCUGUGUGCAUCGUGUACUGUUCGUGGCAGCCCAAUCAACGGAUAGGCUUAGCUUGUGUCGUGGAUUUCUGAGUGCGCGUAAGGAUCCAAGGAAGUCGCAAGAAGUCGUCCUCCUUCACUCAAGAAUCAACCUCGAAGUCUACUAUCAGUCAAAGCAUCAAACUUCGUGGGAAUAAGCUGGGAAAACACGGGCCCACGGACUGUCCAGCUGAUCCGCAAACAACGUUAAGCCCGGAAUCAGGUUUUUUUGUGUCAGUUUUUAUAGUGAUAGUGCUUGAGCCUAGCCCGCUCCACUUCCCCUUCAGCUCCCCCUCCAAAAAUAAAGUGUUCGGUGAAUCCAGGUGAAACCAAGUCGAGUCGAGCAACAGGAAGGAGAACCGUUUGGAGAACUGUAGACCUCUCGCACUCUGCCAUUAAACCACCCUCAUCUCAACGUACUCCUCCAACGUACACCAAGCAAUGUAUCAUUGGCAAUUGAACCGAGAGCGUGGUACGGUACCGCGUGCCGUAGGUAAUACGGACAUCGUCUACCGGAUGGUGUACGGCUCGUUCAAUCGACGCUUGAUGUUACCAAGGCACUGCAGAAACGAAAACGACUUCGAAGAUGAUUCCAUCAACGGGCUUACGUUUUCUACCGAUGGAUCGAUUUUGGUCGGAGCCCUGGCUAGUUAUGGAAUCAAGAUGUGGGAUCCCGUGUCGGAACAGCAGAUAACUCAUCUCAAGAAUGCGCACGAGAAGAGUGUCAAUUGCAUAAAAUUCAUAAACGAGCACAAGUUUGCGUCCGGGUCGGAUGACCAUACGGUGAGCCUGUGGGACGCCCGCUACCUCCACAAACCGCUGCGUUCGUUCUAUGGUCACGACGGCUGGGUCAAGAACAUCGAGUUCUCGCGCUAUCACAACAUGCUGAUCUCGUCCGCCCUGGACGGGACGGUCAUCGGCUGGCAGCUGGACGGUAACAUGGAGCGUAUCUACAACUAUCAACGGCUGUGCAACAUACCCGGCCUCGUGCGGUGCCGGAUGACACCGGACGAGACGCGCCUCUUGCUGACCACUUCCGGCGGCUACAUGAUUGUCAUACAUAAUCUCGACAUAAUGCAUCUGAACAGCGAUUUGGAAGACUUCCAGCCUAACGUUUACCGUUUGCUGCAGUCAGUCCGUCGGCUCGAAAUGAUGACGCCGUACUACAACCGUUGGUUCUACCCGUUCAGCCGACGAAACCGCGUGGAACUGAUCACUGACUUUCCUCACAACGACUUUGCGGAAGUGAUCAGCUCUUUGGAGAUCCAUCCCUACGGUUGGUGUGCGGUAAGCCGAAACAACCCGUCAAAUGCCUACGACAAUGAACGCCAAUAUACCACCGUACACGAUAUACAGGCACUGCCAAACGACGACGAUGAGGAUGAUGAAGACGGCGAGGCGGAAGCAAAACAGCUUGACUCGGGCGGCGAGGAAACGAUAGACGACAAUCGAAAGCAGGUGCCUUUUGCCGGUGCGGAUGUGCUCGAGCACUCCCGGUGCAUGGAGCAGCUCCGAUUGCUUCGCAACAUUUACGAACAGCCAAACGGCCACGAUUCCGACAGUGAAGACUCGGAAUCGUCGCUCGAGUGUGAGGUGUUGGUUGGAUUUCCUGCCGCGUCGCCGACUGGCGACCAAAGUCUGGGUAACCAGCGUGUUACGACCUCGCCUUUGCAUUCGCCAACUGCACCACCAGCUACACUACCACCGCCAAGAACGGAACCUAGGUCUUGCCCUGCUCCCCAGCGCCGUGACGCAAUUGGUGGGUUGGCGAUGACUAACUUGCUAUCCAGGCCUACCGAGCGCACCGAGCGAUCGGAGCGGUUGUGGCGAGAGCGUGUAUCGGCCGCCUUUCGCUGUACGCUCGGUGAUCACGAUUACUGUGAGGAUGUUAUCGUGUCUCCGAAUAAUCUCCGGGAUCUGACCAAUGGCAUGCAUGAUGCGACGCUGGGCGAGUCGGAGAGACGCCGGUUGGGCAGGGUCCACGUCUCCCCACCGGCACGUGUCCGCAAUGAGCUGUGGGCAGCGUGCGUUCCGUACGGAGAGAUUAUGCACUUGGUGGGCGCCGAAUCGUCGACCCUGCGUCCCGCCGGACGACCCCUGGAGCCACCGUUCGAUGGAACGAGCGAUACCCAGCUCCACAGACCGCAUGAUCCGGCCAAACUGUGCACGAACAAUCGGCGAUUGUUGUACUACAUCGAGGAGCUCGGUGAUUUGCCGCGUUACAUAAAGGAGCCAGCAUUUUCGCCGGAUGGGCGUAUUCUAUGUUCACCGUACGGUGAUUCGAUUCGCUUGCUGGCAUUCGAUGAAAAGUGUUCCGAGCUUCACCGUACCAUCGAGACCGAAUCGAACCGCGGACCGGCCCAGAAGCUUCACGUGCUGAAAGAGUAUGACGCUGGGUGUGAGUCGCCCGUUGCUUCAUGCUCGUUCAGUCCGCGCAUGCCUCUGCUCGUGACCGGCUGCCGGAAUGGCACACUGGUCUGGCACUCGCGCUGUCUGCACUAGAGCCACUAGAGCUUAUUUAACCUUCUCUACUGGACUGACGGCUGGCCGCUCACGGCUGACUACUUUUGGAUGCGUUUUGUCAUCCCUACCACCACGUUAGGCGCUUUGCAGUGGUAAACGACUAAAAUAGGCCCCACCACUCACUUUACAUUUCCUCACAUUUUAAUGUAGGUUUGUUUACUGUAAAAACGUGGAAAAUAGCGAUUUUUCCGUAACUUAGUAGCUC